UAAAUAUAGGUUAAGAAAGGGUGAGAGUGAGAGCGAAGCCCUAAAGUCUGACCCGUAAAUCAUUCAGUUUCCUCACUUUUCCUAUACCCUCCGCGUCCUACGUCUCAGAGUUGCUGCUCACGGUGGUGGAUUUCUGCUCUUUAUGGUCGACGACGGAGACUUCUCUGCUUUCCUUCAACGACUUUUGCUCAAGAACUUAGUCAGCUUCUCAACCGCAAUUUGUAAGAUUUUAUUGGUGAUUUCUCAACAUCGAAGUGUAGAACCCAGAAGCAGAGUUGUAGAGAUUUUGGGAUCAAUUCAAAUGGCUUUAUGGAGAGUUCGUAAUGCUUCAUCCACCUUCCUCAACUACUUGACCCGUCCCUCUGCUUUCGCCUCCCGCAAUUUCACGACUGAUGUGGCUGAAAAAGGUACCCAGUCAUUGCAUAAUAGUAUGAUGAACCAGUUGGCUCAUCUCGAUAUCAAUUCCCUAAUUGGGAGUUGCAUGCCUCUUGCGGCUAUGCGCAUUGGUACUAUUAUCCACAACAUUGAGGUGAACCCUGGUCAAGGUGGCAAACUUGUUCGAGCUGCAGGAACCUGUGCCAAGAUUCUCAAAGAACCUUCAUCGAGCAAAUGUCUAAUUAGGCUUCCUUCAGGUUCUGAAAAGUGGGUGGAUUCUCGUUGCAGGGCUUCCAUUGGUGUUGUGUCUAAUCCUAGCCAUGGGGCUAAGAAGCUCCGAAAGGCCGGGCAAAGCAGGUGGUUGGGUCGCAGGCCAACUGUUCGAGGAGUGGCAAUGAACCCAGUUGAUCAUCCUCAUGGUGGAGGUGAGGGUCGAAGCAAGAGUAGUGGAGCUUGGGGAAGGACUUCUCAGACGCCUUGGGGAAAGCCAUGUAAGUCUGGAUACAAAACUGGACCUCUCAAGCGUAGAAAGUAAAGCUUGAUUGCUAUCGUUGAAUUUGAUAUUGAUUUCAAUGGAAAUGUUUUGCUCAUGGGUGAUGAUGAUAUUGAUGAAUUUGUUUGACAAUAAUUCGACGUUUUACCUUAUCAUUUAUCAAUUCAUGAGUAGUUUUUGUGUUGAACCAGCUGUGUAUUAGUUGGACACUGGACAGAUGGACAGACUUGUAGUAUUGCUUUUUGCGUGUAGCAUGUAUGCUAAGUGUUUACUGAUCUGAAAGAGCUUUUCGUGAGUUGAAAUUUUCUAUUGUAGAGUGUAUCAGACUUUUCUUUCUUUUA